GACUUGACUCUGCGGCCAUUUACUCAGGGCUCCAGCUUCUCACCCGUCCGUUAAUAAAACCACCGACACGGGCCCUCAACCACCUGGGCUCACAUCACCUCACAUCGCCUCGCUGCUCUCCUGAUAUUCUUUCAAGUGCCAGCAACCCUAGUCAGGGCAACCGAAAUACCCAAGCAACACAUUUCGAGGCUACCAGUAUAAUAAUUGCAACCUGCUGCGUUUCGAUCUGCAGACCCUCUAAUGGGCACAGCCUAUUCUGGGUGACGUAUAACAGACAGACACAACCAGCAAAAAGACAGGAAAAAACGGACUGCGCCAAGCACACGAAGUAACAAGCCUCAGCUCAGAUUAUAGGAAGGCGAGGCAUACAGCACAGCACAAUAACAACACAGAACGUCACAACACACGGAGUUUAUCGACUCAUUGACACCAAACACCAAAAGACUGGAAAAAAACAGUAGGGCAAGGGCUCAAACUCAACAACUCCAAAAAAGGAAAGAUCUCUAUCAAGCCAGACCUCAACUUCAUUUUAUCCCAUCAGGGCCUGGGCUCUUACAAAAACAAACCAUCCACCCAGCAUCCAUCGAUUCAACAAGUUCCCGCGGGAUUAGACCCUCGACCCUCCACUCUCACUCCAAGCCAACCUUACCUGAACCUGGACGACAUUAGCUUAGGCUAAGCCUGUGAAGAAGCCAGCGAGCAACAGCCAGCGCCACUACCGCAACUUUUUAGGGUCCUGCAUUCUUCCCCACUGCUAGUCGCGGCACGGCACCACCGAGCCCACCAACGACGACACCCCCAAGACCUCCAAGUCAGCCUCCAACUGCACUGGGACUGGUCUGCGUGCGACCUGGUGGAGGGCCCUCCAUCUCUACCUGCCAUCCAUCCUUUCAGUUCACCUCACCUCACCAAGACUCGACUCGACUCAGACUCACCUCCGGUCAAAGGUCAAGACAGCGAAGCUAGUGGACGCCCCGAGCACCCCGACAGAUUGACGCCACUAAAAGGUACAUACAACAGCGGAGGAAGAGGGACCCCUCCCUCAAAGGAAACACACACCAAAGUCCACUGAGGAGCCCCUGUGGACCACUACGCCGGACCUCGCUGGGGCGAUUUCUAUUGUUUAUUGGUCGACGUGUUCCUUGAAGAGUCAGAGCCUGUCGCCAAUUGCUCGAUUUGGAGUUUAGUCUCCCUCGUUACUCAGAUGCCUUCAGCGAUUCCGGUGGCCCCUGCAGGUACGUACAUGGCCGUGGUUUCCUUGUCCUUGCCUUGUUUCUUGACAGCUUCUUCCAACAAUGACUACGUAUCUGCCCUGCCAUUCUCUCAUGCUUUAUUAGCCAUUCAACUGCUGCUACACAUCCAAUCUUUCUUGUUGCUUUUCUUCUUCUCAUUCAAACUCUGAAUCUCCAAAAAGAUCUUCGACACCCAUUGCUACCUUGUUGUUGUUUUUGAUCAAAUCAAAUUGUUCCAAUUCCGUUUAUCAUAACUUGAGCCCCUUACACCUACGCGAUCGCACCUAGCACUCCGAGACACCAAACAAUCAACCAUCGACGUAUCUAAAAUUUAGACGCAGGUCGCCGACAAUCAAAACAGUCCGGACUGUUAAAAUCUGUGAUGCAUAACCUUCUCGGCGUAUCACCUCCCUCGCCAGCGCUCCCAGCGCAACAGACAUCCUCAGAUUCUCUACCACCUACAUCGAAUCCUAAAUCGAAUCCGACGUCAAACCCAACUCCAGAUCCUUCCUCGAAUCCAAACAAUCCAAAUAACUACGCGGUUCUUCCUCCACCAGCAGAUGGUGACCAUGACCAUCUUCCUCCUCCAGCAAAUGCACCUUCCUCGUUGGCUGUGGCGCUGCGAUCGCUCAACGAUUUGACCGAAACCCCCACAUAUGCGCGAAGCGUCACUUCAACAGCGCCGAGCUCGCCACGCAUUCCCCCGCUACGACAGAAUUCUGGACAUCAAACACCACGAGUCCGGCCACAUGCGACAACGCUCAACAUCCCGGGCAUGACCCGGUCAAGAGUCUCGCCUGAUGGAAGAAUUCCUUCUCGUGAUGUUGCCGCAAAGCUUGUUAUUGUCAUGGUUGGCUUGCCGGCCCGAGGAAAGUCUUACAUCACCAAGAAGCUUCAAAGGUAUCUUUCUUGGCAGCAGCAUGAUUCUCGCAUCUUCAAUGUCGGAAACCGAAGACGUGUAGCUGCCGGGCGCAGAGUUUCUGUCCACCCAAAGUUGCAGCCUGAGCCGGAACACAUGGAUCCUCCUGUGCAUGCGGCCUCCAUUUUGCUAAAUGGUAACCCGGCACCGUUUGGUCCCGAGCAGGCUGAGCCGGAGAAGCUUGAUUUGAACGAUGCCGCUCAAUCCGAGGUGGAUCAGUCCGCUACAUUCUUUGAUCCCAAGAACCAAACUGCCGCGGCCAUGCGUGAGCAGUGUGCUAUGGUUACUUUGGACGAGCUGCUGGACUACCUUCUCGAUGGAGGUGGCGCUGUCGGCAUUCUUGAUGCUACGAACAGCACUAUCGAGCGAAGAAAGAACAUCACCAACCGCAUCAAGCAGAGGGAGCCUAAGCUGGGUAUUCUUUUCAUUGAGAGUAUCUGUCAAGACCCUACUCUCCUCGAGGCGAAUAUGCGUCUGAAACUGUCUGGUCCUGACUAUCGUGACAAGGAUCCUCAAAAAUCACUGGAAGAUUUCAAGAAGCGAGUCGCUGCAUACGAGAGUGCGUAUGUUCCUCUUGGUGAAUAUGAGGAAAAGCACGACUUGCAAUACAUUCAGAUGAUUGAUGUUGGUCGAAAAUUGAUCCAACACCGUCUCAAGGGUUUCCUCAGCAGUGGUAUUAGCACUUACCUCGCUAGCUUCAAUCUUGCCCCUCGACAGAUCUGGAUUACCCGACAUGGCCAGAGUGUCGAUAACGAGCUUGGAAGAUUGGGUGGAAACUCACCACUUACCGAACGCGGCCAUUGCUACGGCCAAGCUCUUCACAACUUCAUCACUUACCAGCGCAAGCACUGGCUUAUUGAACAGAAGAGCAAGAAAGCUCAGGCUACUUUCCCUCCCGUACCCGGUGAUAACACACCUCCCUACCCUGAGAUGUACCGGGAGAUCGAGGACAAGAACUUUUGUGUCUGGACUUCGAUGCUCGAUCGCAGCGUGGACACAGCUGAGUAUUUCGAGGCCGACGAUGAUUACGAUGUGAAAAACUGGGAAAUGCUCAAUGAAAUGAACUCGGGCCAGUUCGAAGGUAUGACAUACGCCGAAAUCGCACAGAAGGAGCCCGAGGAAUUCGCCAAGCGGGCACAGGACAAGCUCAACUACAUCUAUCCUGGAGUUGGCGGUGAAGGUUAUCUGCAGGUUGUGAGCCGUCUGCGCGACAUGGUUCGAGAGGUUGAGCGUAUUGAAGACCACCUUCUUAUCAUUGGACAUCGCUCUGUGUGUAGAGUCCUGAUGGCCUAUUUCAUGGACCUGUCCCUGGCGGACAUCACAGACAUGGACAUUCCCCUUGGCAUGCUCUACUCUAUUGAGCCCAAGCCUUACGGCCUUGACUUCCAUGCUUACCGAUACAACGAGGACCAGGGCUGGUUUGACGAGCUCCCCAACUACAAGCCUACCAAGACGGCCCGCAACAGCAUCAUCAAGCCACAGCAUUAAUCGUUUCCGGCUGUUUGCCGGAACCAUCCGGCUUGUACAUCAUAUAUACUACGAUUUGGCAUUUCCUCCAUGUACUUUUUUUUCCUUUGGCGUUAUAGCGGGGGCAUGAUAUUAUACGAAUGACGCGCAAAAAGAGGGACUUUCCACACUAUCAAUGGAACGGAAUGGCAUUAUACACAAAACAACAAAGGAAGGGCUGGCGUUUUCCGUUCAAUUGAUAAAGAGAGAUACCUCCGAUGUUGCGACGCAAUUAUUCGCAUCGGUUAUUUCAUUUAGGCGUUUUGGGAGUAAGGUUUCUCCUCAUAUUGAGAUGAUCGAGACUGUAUGGAUUUGGGCGGUUUUGGUCGAGUCACGUACCAGCCUAUGUUUGGAAGGUAUCGGUCUCGGCCUACGGUGUUACGUGUUGUGUUUUAUCCCUAUUGUCUCCUUGCCGCAGGCAAAGAAGGAAUGAAGAGAGAUUCUCAGAUGGGAUUUGGAAUGGGAUGGAUAGAUACGCAGCACGACGCUCACGCCGACGGAUAUGCCGCUCAUGGGAAACUUUAAAGCUUUGAGUGCUUGCUCGAAAGGGAUCUUUUACUGUCUAGAUCUGAUAGUUGCAAGAAAUUCACGUUUACACAUGUAUAUUCCUCCAGUCUGUUGCCGACUUGAUGUCUGGCUUAAAUCAAAUCGAAGUCAAACGUCUGACAUCUUGCACUGAGGUUUGUCUAUGAAUACGAAUGGUAUAUUCUUCAAUAAAGUCAUCUAGAUUACCCAUGAAUAGACGACCUGAACGCCUUGCAAUGCCCUUCCGUGCCU